GGGGAGAGCGGGGCGGGAGCGGAGCCGAGCCGAGCCGAGCCGCUUGCAAACGAGCGGUGCGCCGCGGGCUUCUUCUUAUUUAUUUUUUUUAUUAUUAUUUUUAUUUUUUUAAUUAUUUUUUAAUCUCCCCCCCUCCCACCCCCAUCACCCCCCCACUCCGUUUUCUGGUGGUGGCGAGGAGGGGAAAAGGGGCAAAGGAGGGGGGUGUCCCCCGCCGGGGUGCUCCGCGCCCCUCGCCCCCUGCCCGCGGUGCGGUCGAAGAUGCGCCCCGGACGCCGGGUGGUCGCAGCGCGGCGGCGCUGACAUCGCUCACCAUGGACAGCUUCGACUUAGCUCUGCUCCAGGAGUGGGACCUGGACUCUCUGUGUGUCUAUGAGCCGGAUAGAAACGUGCUGCGCAGGAAAGAAUGGGAAAGGAGAAAUCAGGAGGCCCAGCAGGAGGAUGGCACAUUUAACACAAGUUACUCCCUCUUCAGUGAACCGUACAAGACCAACAAGGGGGAUGAGCUAUCAAAUCGCAUCCAGAAUACCCUGGGCAACUAUGAUGAAAUGAAAGACUUGUUAACUGACCGAUCAAACCAGAGCCACCUUGUUGGGGUUCCCAAACCUGGGGUUCCUCAGGCAUCUCUCCCCAAGCCCGAUGAACAUCUUAUUGCAGACUCAAGACCGCCACCUCUUCCCUCUAUUUCCAGCACUUCUUCUUCCACACCAGCAGCUCUACCCACGCAGCAGAGCAAAAGCACCACAAUGGGUUGGCAGAAGGCUGGGCACAAUGCCACUUCAGAGGGCCAGCAGAGAGCCAGCAAACAUGGGCACCACUCACUGGAGUCACACAAGGGCGACUUCAAACUGGCGAACCAAAAAUCCAGUCUGGAGAAACUAAAACGCUAUGCAUCUAGUCCCACUUCAUCCUCCUCCUCCUCCAACGCUGCUCAGCAAAGCUCACUGAGGGCCACACUAGGUGACAACGCCAACAGAGUGCCGCAGCCUGCGAAGCUAAGUUGUAACACAGAAGGAGGAGCUCAAGCGCAAGAGAGGCCCUCAAAGCACGGCGGUGGGCACUGUGUCCAAAACUUUCCACCAUCUCUUGCUUCGAAACCCAGUCUGGUUCAGCAGAAACCAACAGCCUAUGUAAGGCCGAUGGAUGGUCAAGAUCAGGCCCCUGAUGAGUCUCCAAAGCUGAAGUUACCAGCAGAGACAACCAAGUCAUACAGGGGAGUGCCUUCUAACAAGCCUGAUUCGGCCAGGACCAAGUCAAAGAUAGCAAAGUUCAGCAUUCCUAAGCAAGAAGAGGACAGUGGAACAGGAGAUAACAGCUGCAUUGAAGAAAUAUUGCGGGAGAUGACCCAUUCUUGGCCUCCACCACUAUCAGCUAUUCACACACCAGGGAAGGCAGAACAAAGCAAGUUUUCCUUCCCAAACAAGGAGUCACAACAGGGAUCUACAGGACACAGCAAUACAAGAAAAAGUGAUGUAGAGCCAAAGAGUCCAGAGAAAAGUGCAACACAUACAUCAAUGCUAGAAGAUGACCUCAAGUUAAGCAGCGACGAAGAAGAGAACGACCAGCAGGCAGCACAGAGAUCUGCUCUCCGCGUUCUGUCUGACAGCAGCCUGGUGGUGCCGCAGUCCAGCACCCGCGCCCCGGGACUCUCCAGCAAGGGGUCGAGCAGCAGCAGCUCCAGUGAAUCCGAGACCAGCUCGGAGUCUGACUCGGAGAGCGAAAGCAGCUCCAGCGAGAGCGACGGCAGCAAGCCCUCACAUUACUCCAGCCCAGAGCCUGAGCCACCCUCCUCCAACAAGUGGCAGCUGGACAAGUGGCUGAACAAAGUCACCCCUCACAAAGCACCCAUCCUGACCCACCAUGACGGCCCGGCACUGGAUGCCCAUCCCUACUACGGCCACGUGAAGGCGGAGCGGCAGGAAGGCGAGAAGACCCCGGCCACUGGCCCAGCCGAGCACCGCAGCGGGGAGGGCCGCACCACCACCGUCACCACCACCGCCACCGUCGGGGACGGACCACGGCCCAGGACCGCCAACAAAGCACCAGGCAGCAAGGGCGGCCGGCAGAAGUCACCCCCGGCUGCGGACAGCGGGCCUCCAAGGAGGGCAGCAGGGAAGAAAGCGCCGCGGCGGGCUGAGAGGACCUCAGCUGGGGACGGCUCCCACUGCCGUGGGGCAGAGGAACCCACCGGGAGCCACGGCUUUCUGGAGAGCACCACUGGCGAGGCACCGAGAGCCCGACCUGUUGGCGGUGGCAGCGGUGGAGGCUGCAGAGCAGGGCACCGCCGGGAGCCCCGCUCGGCCACAGCCGGCGAGAAGCGCCGGGCACGGGGGCCGAGCAAAACGGCACCCAAAUCCAAGGAGUUCAUCGAGACUGAGUCCUCCUCAUCGUCAUCUUCCUCUGACUCAGGCUCUGAGUCGGAGCGGGAGGAGCGCCCGCUGCCCAAGGCACCGGCGGCAGCUGGGGCUGAGCCGCGCACCAAGGACGCAGGGACCGGUGCCGCCAGCAAACCCCACGGUGGCUGCAGUGCCUUUGGCUCCAUUAAUGCCAGGACUAGUAGUGAAAUAGCAAAGGAGCUGGAGGAACAGUUUUACACCUUGGUUCCUUUCGGUAGGAAUGAGCUCCUGUCUCCUCUGAAAGACAGUGAUGAGGUAAAGUCACUGUGGGUCAACAUUGACUUGGCUCUUUUGUCCAGGAUUCCAGAGCGUUUGCCCGAAGAGCCGCUGGCAAUGAGCGCCGGAGCAAACCAGGCGGCCAGCCUCCCGCAGGGUAGUAGUGCUGACCCCCCCGCAGAGAAGGGUUUACCGAAAUCUAGAAGGAAACGUAAGUGUGAGAAUGAAGAAGAAUACAGAGACAUCAAGAAGACUCAUUUAGAGCGAGAGAGUUCUUCACGAUUAGCUGCCUCUGCCCAUAACAUCACAACAGCAAAUCACUGCAAUAUGAAUGAAAAUAGCUUGGCAAUACCAAUAAAUAAAAAUGAGAAAAUGCUUCGGUCACCUGUCUCUCCCCUCUCUGAUGCAUCAAAACACAAAUACUCCAACGAUGAUUUAACUUCCUCCAGCAGACCUAAUGGCAGCAGUCUAUUACCUUCCAUCUCCUCCAGCAAAAAACAUAAGGGUGAAAUCCAGUCUCAGCCACAUCCCGGAGACUUCAAUAAAGCAAUUCACAUCAAUUCAGAAAACGUUCUCUGCAAUAAGCCACAGUCCCAAACAGAGCCUUGGUCACCUCUGUCCGGCGCACCCAGGGACUGCAGAAGGACAAAGCUUAUCUUUGAUGAUAUGCCACGCAAUGCAGAUUACUUUAUGCAGGAAGCUAAACGGAAGAAGCAUAAAGCAGAUGCAAUGGUGGAAAAGUUUGGAAAGGCACUGAAUUAUGCAGAAGCAGCACUAUCGUUUAUUGAGUGUGGAAAUGCAAUGGAACAAGGCCCAAUGGAAUCUAAAUCCCCCUAUACAAUGUAUUCAGAAACAGUUGAACUCAUCAGGUAUGCGGUGAGACUAAAAACCCACUCAGGCCCCAACGCCACGCCAGAAGACAAACAGCUGGCAGCAUUAUGUUACCGCUGCCUGGCCCUUCUGUACUGGAGGAUGUUCCGACUCAAGAGAGACCAUGCUGUCAAGUAUUCAAAAGCACUUAUUGAGUAUUUUAAGGUACAUUUUUAAUGGUGUUUUAAAAUCAGUGUGUCUUUAUAGUAAAUACAGCAUUUUAUUAAAAAAAAAAAAUACAAUAGCUGUGCUGAGUUUAGUUUUUGGCCUGUCAAGUCAGCAGAAGUAUUACUACAGACUCCCAUGGCAAUACUCGGUCUCUAGUUAGUUAUAUUUCCUUCACAAGACAAUAUACAAGUCAUGUCCCUUCAUGAAGGAUGAGAACUUUAUUGUACCAACAAACAGGCAUUUUCAGAUUGCUCUUAAUCACUUAUCUAGUGCUAUCAUGCGCUGCUGUGAGUAGGUUUUGGAGAUUUUGCUCUAAGGAUCCCCCUCCAGGAUUAUACAUCCCACUAGACUUCCUGUGGGGUGAUGACUUUGAUCUAGAUCAGUCCUCAGCUGCAGGGCUUCCACUUAGCAGCGUCCAUAGGUAAGGCAGUGCAAUGGGACAUGUUCUCACCCAAGGAACUGGCAAAGAGCCCACACUGACUUCGGUCAUACAAGAGCAUCAGAAGGCAAUCAAACCACCUGCCUUGAACUUGCCAGCACUGCUGGCUUCCCCUCCUGUUUUGCUCCACCUUCCUUCUCCACUCUCUGCCAGUACCAUAGCCUAGUUAUUUUGAAUAAGGCAAGAAGUCAUUCUGCAUAUUUUAAUGUAUUUUAUUUGACAGACAGCUUUCCUCUGAAAGUAACUCAAGAACAAAACCUUUCUGAUGGAGCCCUCUUAGCAGUCAGUCCAUCCAGCGUUUGAUCUACAAACAGAAAAAUAGCCUCUAUCUUUAAAUAAGAAAAAAAAAUAUGUACAUACAAAUGUUUUAAGACAAACUGUUUUGGGAACCUGAAUAACCAUUUGUCUUUAAACACAGGACUCUUUUUUUUUUCCCUUUUUUUUUUUCAGAAGAAUAUACCUUGAAAUGAAAAACAUCCAUCCUUUGACAUUUAGUUAAUAAAAAAUUUCAAAUACAAGCACAAACAUUCAUGACCAGAUUCUAAACACAAAAAGACAGUGAAGGAAAUUGACAGAUCUGUUAUUGUCAAACUGAAAUUGAAGCCACUGUAAUUGCUUCUAAAAAUUUAGCAAUAUAUGAUUCAACGUUAUGUUUUUCUAACAAUGACUUGAUUUCAGAGAAAAGAAAUAUGUGCCCAUUAUAACACUUUA